CUGCCAUUAUAAAUAGUCUACGUCCUUGUCAUUAGUUAGUUUUAACUGUGGUGUAGUCGCAACCAUGGACUCUGUUUCACCGAAGAAAACCAUAAAAAAGAAACGUAAAACCCAGACCACAAAGUCGUACAAAAGAAGGGAGCAAGAAGUGGAGUCCUUGCUCCGGGAAGUGCGUAUUUCUGGGCAGGAAUACGACGCGGAGGCACUCAGCUUGCUUUUUUUCCAUGGGGAGGAUAUUGAAGAGCAGCAAGAGAGGGAGCAUAUGCAGUCGGAAGCCGACACUAAGGGCGCCUUGGAAACCGAUGAAGAUUCGGGCGAGGAAACGACGGUGGAGGCUUCAAAGUCCUCCAACCAUACCUUCAUCCAAAUAGAUCUCCAGCCGUUGGUCUGGAACCAGCUCUAUAAGCAGCGCCACUACUACGACGAGAGCCUGCUAUACCGGCCGAGUAAUGUCCUGCACUUCCAGCUCCACCUGAGCGACGCUCAGUUGACCCUUGCCCAGAUCCGUAUGCUGAAUCGCUUCCAGGAGCAGGCCAAGAGUGAAUUUAAUAAACUGAGCUCUGAGUUGGUAGCCCAGCUCAGCGAUGUGAAUCCUCCAGAGUUCCUACUAGACGGGGAGCUCUAUCGCAGCGUAUGCCACAAGGAGUUCAAGAGCGUAUUCUUUGAGCCCAUGCCCCGGGAGUUUUUCCAGGGUCUGCCCACCCGUCGGUGUCUUAAAUUGAACUUGAAGCGAAUCCGCUUCAGCUUUCAUCCCCUGCUCCUGGAAGAGCAUGAGCUGGCCCAGCAGCUGGAGGAUCUGUAUGACGUCUACAACCAGCAAAGGAAACUAAAGAUUUGCAAGAAGCUGAGGGAGGAACUGGAGAUAGCCCGCCAGGUGGCGGCCAGGUUGCUUCACUCGGCCGGCCAGGAUCAGACGUCGGAGGUGAAGCGUCAAUUGCGGCUCACCAAACAGCUCAGAGAGCGAUACUACGCUGAGUCCGCCACCCAGCGGAAUCUCCUGAAGCAGCUGCUCCGAGAUUGGGCCAAGCUGAAGGCCUUGCGUCGUCAGCAAAGAUUCCAAUGCACUCGCUUCCAACUAAGCCUCCGAGUGACCCACCCUUCUGACCUGGAGGCCUCCUAUUCUGCCUGGAAGGAGAGCUUUGAAACGGAUCUAGCGGAGGUCUACCGGGAGCAUCUCGAGCUCUUUUACUGCCGACGGCGAUUAUGGAGCGAGGAGAACUCCAGCCGUGGGUCGACCUCCCGGACAAAGCCUCCUCGUAAGCCACAAUUCGACCGAAUCAUGGCGAGCUUGAAAAAGGAAUACGAAAAGGCUUUUAAGGAUCCCGAGGAGCCAUUCGUGGAUGUCAUUCGCCUGCACGCGGAUGAGGCGGCUGCCAGGAUCCAGACUCCAAGUAGCCAGCAGACGCCAAGGGCUCGAAACUACUUUCUUAAGAUCUUUCUGGAUGACGAGAUUGUGGGUCAGACCAGGAGCUAUCGGCUGGAGCCGGAUCUGCAGAUUCCCAUCAACGAGUGCAUCGGAGUUCUGCUGGAAAUGACAUUGCCAGGAAGCCUGCACAUUUGGCUCUAUGAGAAGUCCACCCUGACUCCCAACAGUCGCCGCCUGGCCGAAAUGAGUGCUCCUUUGACCCUAAGCCGCAAGGACGAGGGCGUUCAUGAAAAGAUGGCCUUCCAAACCUCAAAAUCAUCCUCUUCCCAAUUAGCUGGUGAUGUUUAUGUGAGCUACGACUACCGUACCACAGAGGGAAAUGGAGGAACUCAGGAUGUCCAUGCUCUGGACGAUGUCCAGCGACUCCCAGAACCCCUGCGUCAAAGUCUGUUGCCCGCGAAACUCCCGCCGAUGCCUGAGGCUUCCAAGGAGCCCGUUAGUCCCAGGCCCCCCAUUGAAAGGUACAGGAAACCCAACAAGCAUCACUCGCCCCUAAUCUUCUGGGACCAGCAGCUCCAGUUCUGUUCCAUCGAUGAGCUCGUGGAGAAUCGGAGAUUCCAUUUGUUGCAUUCCCGUCAUCAGCAAAAGAAUUUCCAUACCAAACAGCUGCGAUUUGUGCCCGCUUUGGAGAACGAGAUCACGGAUUUGGAGCCUCUGCCCGACUCCCGGGGUAUGGGUACGCUUUUGGAGCCCGGCACCUAUUGGAAUCCCAUCGAUCUGCACAAGCACCGCGGCCGCAAGUUCCUCCAGCUUCUGUACGAGGUGAUCGGCAGUCAGAGUGCCCGCCGAGCGAAGGCUCUCCAGACUCCAGUGCCUCUACUGCUGCUGGCCGAAAACUCAGAUCUCUCCUCGGCUACUGGCUGGGCAGCUCUGUGGAGAGCUCUGGUUUCCGUUUUCAAGGGGCAACAACCGGUCACAUUGCCAAGGGAGCCAGCGGCCUGGACUGGACCUCAGAUACAGGAUAAUCUCUUCCAGCGCUUUAGCGUAUCCCUGCAUGUGGUGAGAGCCACGGGCGUGCCAGUUAGAAGUCGGCAUAUUCUAAACAUCAACGAGCGCAGGACCAGUGCGGGUGGGGACAUGUCCACCAGUUUGUUUGUGACCCAAACUCUCAUGUACUCGAACGUGCGUCCGUUUGUGACCCUCAGCUAUGGACAACGGUUGUGCAGGAGCCGCACUGCUGAGGGCAGUAAUCCCACCUGGAAUGAGCAACUGCAGCUGCAGAUCAGCACCCAGUUUGGCGAUCUUCGCGAUGACCUCAAGAUCAGUUUGUUCGAUGAACAGAUAGAGCAGCAAUACAGCGACGAGGCGUCCGAUCUAUACCAGAGAGUCCAAUGCAAUUGGUUGGGGGAGUUCCGGGUGCCCAUCAACAGUCUCCUGGCCACCAGGAAGUUUGAGGGCUGUAUUGAGAUGGCCAUGCCCAAAGUCCUGGUGGGCUACAAACGUCCCUUAAUCGACUCGGUCACCAACAUGUCCACGGAUCAGUACCCCGAGUUCAAGGAAUCGGUACAUUUGUGGUUCUACCUCAGCAUCGAGCCUGGAGGAGCGGAUGUAACGCCACUGCAGUCCAAUGCCCUUGCCUGUGCCGAAAAGCCGGAGCUCCAGAUCUACCUUGAAGAACGGAAACUGGAUCUGAUGCAACUGCUGCCGCAACCGCAGCGUUUUGUGGAGCCCCUGGUGUGCACGGCCCAGGGAAAACGGGUGUGCCUUACCCGGCUCCUGGAGUCAAUACCCUUGCCGCCAGCUGUGGGCGUGGGGGAGAAUCCUGUGGAGGCAGCUUGUCGGUUUGUUUCCCUGCUCAGCCAACUGCGUACCUAUGAUCCGUGUCAAGGAUUCCGUGGGGUUUGGCUGGACAACCAAAGCAUUCUCGACAGCACCUGGUGUUCCGUGAAGGAUCUUGGUGUCCUGCUGUGUAACUAUAUGCUUUCGUUGGGGUUGGAGUGUUGGCUAAUCCUGGGCAUGGCAUGUCCUCACGGCGAGUGUAGCUUCGUGCUUUACCGUCAGCCAGAGACGUCUGAGCUUUUUGUUGUGGCUCCUGCCACAGGAAAACGAUACCAGUUGCAGGAUGUCUAUUGUCCUUUAAGGCGUCUUUUUUGUUUGGUCGGCAAGCAUAACAUUUACUUCAACAUCCAAACGGAGACCCGAGUCAGCAUGACCAAUUUCAAUCUCCAGGAUAACACCUGUUGGUUUCCACUCUUUGUCCGCAGAAUUCGAGCCCCACACGGCGGUGUCCACAAGCUGGAUUACAUGUACAAAAGGAGUCAUGACCUUACCCAGCUUCAAAAGGAUAUAGAACGCAAGAUCACGAAGAAAAUCAGUGCCUGGAGAACCACUAGGAAGACUAUUUGGAAUCGGGCUUUUCAACCUCAAUUGUAUCAGAUCUUGUGCGAAAUGGAACAUAUAGCCACAUAUUCCAGGGGCUGUUAUGAUGAACCCGCCUUUAGUGAGCAACUGGAACGAGAGUACCCCAACUAUAAAUUUUAUGGUUUCACCCUCAACUUUGCGUACACAAAUCUGGCGGCCAUUUCGGAGCGCAUACGGACGACCUGCAUCCACUACAACAACCAUUCGGAUGUCGAGUUCUGCGUGGCGGUGCACCUCCACGCUCACUCCAAUGACGUGAUAUCCGUUUGGCUCUUUCUGCUGGCAAUGGUGCCCCUGGUGGUGUGAGCCGGUGGCUG